UGAACAACGUCACUUCCUCCGUCUCCUCGUCCUUGCCCUCCUCGCUGUCCGGGGUAAACACAUGGCUAAAAUGAGCAAAGAGACCAAACAGCGGCUGCAGCAGCUUUUCCAGUGCGGCCAGUUUGUCAUCCGAUGGGGGUUUAUCCCGACCGUGCUGUACCUCGGUUUCAAACGCGGAGCAGAUCCGGGAAUGCCUGAACCAACAGUCUUAAGUUUGCUAUGGGGCUGAGGGACAUCUCCACAUAGCCAAUCCCCACUUCACUGCAAGAACAUGUGACCCAACUUUGUGUUGGAAGUCAAGGAAAUGGACAUUGUUUUUCACUCUCCUCUCCACAAAUCAUACUAUCCAGUGUCUGAAACAUGAUGAAUGGGCGUCGCCUGUGGCCAUAUUGUGUAUGUGGCUGUGUUAUAUUGACUGUUAAAUUAUGGAAAGUGUUGGCAGCAGGGAUGGGAAGAUAUUUGGAUUAUGUCCGGUCAACAUAAUAUGUUGCGUUCACUGGGGCUGUCAGUUGGUACUCUGUUUAUGAAUGUGUGUCUACAAUGUUUGGAUAAAUCAUUCAUUCCACGUGUUUCCUCCUUUUAAUUUAAAAUUCCUGAAAAUAAAUCUUCAACAAAA